CAUUUAAAUGUAUUUUUACCACACACAAACGGUACAAAUAAAGUCACCAACCUUCAAACUGUGCCAAUAAGCCAUCCAGUAUGCUUCCAUAGUCCAAAACGAUGUUUAUUUGCUUGAUCGAUGUGACGCUAAGAAUGGUGCCUUGUGUACAUCCACUUUGCUGCAUCAUCUUCUCUGACAUGUUUUCACCACAUUUCUUCAAGUUGUCAUCUAUUGUUACACAUGAAUCAAAAGCUGACGAUGUCCCCUGUAAUAUUCCAGAGCUAUUUUUUGGCGUGGAGCAACGUGUACGGAGAGGCAGACGUCUGUUUCACCUAAGCACAGCAUUCUUGUACGCCUCUCGUAGUGAACCUUUAUUUUGGUAGUUGACAAGAUAGGCUGAGAGGUCACAAACGCUCACCCAAACAUGAGUGACAUCUAAUCCAGCCAAUAGUAUGCUUUCUUCUGACAAUGUAGGUUGGUCAUUCAUCCCGAUUGGUGAAUCCCUCACGUUUUUGACGGCAUGCGUAUCUGCCGCAUGGUUUUGGUUGUCACAACAACAUUGGAGUUGCCGCCUACUCUGCUUGCUUUACGCAUCGUAGAGCAGCAUUUCUCGUCAGCAAUUUCGGGUUUGUACUCCCUAAAAGUGUGUGUUGCCUGUGAGUGUGAGUCGUCUGUGCUUUCUGUGAGUCGAGUGUUGUGAAGACAUCAUGGAUGGACGCGGUAGGAAGCGCUAUACUUUGGCCGAAAUCCACGCUCAACUUUUUGAUGACGGCGGGAAUGAGACAGAGGAUGAUGCGGUGUCCGAAGCUGACAGCACCGACUCAGCGCUUCAGGCGUUUGAGGACGGCAUAGAUGUCGUCCUCGAUUUUGAGGAGACAUCUGACUCGGAUGAUGGGAACACAUCUGAUGACCCUUUGGAAGGGACUUCAACUGCCCCACACCCAGCUGCCUCUCCAACUCCUCCAGCUGCCUCUCCAACUCCUCCAGCUGCCAGCAGUGUGCGCAUGAGUGGCAGGCGCCGUGAUCUCCACCCUGCUCCAACUCCAUGCCCUCCUCCAGUUAGUCGUGGUAAGCGCCCCUCAAAAGCCUCUGCUCCAACUCCAUGCCCUCCUCCACCAAGCAGUGGUGCUACGAGUGGUAAACGCACCUCACAAGCCCCUGCCUCAACGCCAAGCCGUCCUGCGAAGCGUGCAUCCCUGGGUCCACCGCCGCAGGACUCCGACUUCUGGCGUGAUGCAACGAGUGAAGACGUGGAGCCUCCACCGUUGCCAUUUCGACCCAGGCGCCCUCCAGGACCACAGCUGGACCCUCAGGUAGACUACCGGCCGCUUGACCUGUUCUUAUUGUUUUUCAGCAAGGACGUGGUUAGGACCCUGUGCAGGCAUACCAAUCUCCAUGCUGCAAAAAGGGCUGCACAAGGACGAAAGAGGAAGUGGGUCGACAUAGAGCCGGAGGAGAUGUACCGCUUCAUCGGAUUGGUCAUCUACAAGGGAUUGAUGAAGUUGCCAGAGAUGCGGGACGGAUGGAGGAAGGACCGCCUUCACAGUUUUCCCUUCCCUGCAUCCGUCAUGCCAGGGUACAGAUACGAGGUAAUCUUCUCAACCCUUCACAUGAGUGACCCGGCUGUUGAUGCAGCAAAUGAUCAGCUGAAGGGCCAGCCUGGGCACGAUGGCCUCUGCCGCCUCAGGCCGCUGCAUGAUGACCUCCUGACGGCGUGCAGGGCUUACUUCCACCCGCUCCAGAACCUCUCAGUGGAUGAGAGGAUGGUUCUGGCUAACGGGGCUCUGGUAUGGACUGUUUUAUAAUAUGUUUAUACUCCUCCUCAAAGACUGAAGCAGGUUUAUGAGGGAUGAUAGGUCCUACUAUUGGUUUAUUUGAAAUAAUGGUACAAAAACACAAUUGUAAUAUUGUUGUGCUUUGAUGCCUAUUAGUACUGUGGACAUUGUUAUGUACCAUCUAUGUCAUUUUAAUAAUCUGAAAGUGAAAGUGAAAGCCCUUCAAGUG